AGACGCGUAGACGGCGCAGGCGCGAGGCGCGCGCUGCUCCUUCCCGUCUCCAUGGGAACCAGCCUGAGGCGGCCGACAGUUGACGGUUUCUUUUUAAAGAGAGGCGGUUGGGCUCGACGCCUCUCAUGUCGCGGAGGCGUCUCUCGGUCCCCCCGGGGCUUAGCCGGCGGCAGGACCAGGCGCUGAGCGGCACCAUGCGCCUGGUGAGGGAGCUGGGACCCACCGCUUUCGUCCUGCAGGAGGAAGAGCAGCGGGCGGCGGAGCACCGGGUAGGGCGGCUGAGAGGCUGAGGAAGAGGGAAGCCGUUUCUCCCCCACCUAAGGACUCGGGAGUAGCGAGGGAAAUGGGAGAGCAGAAGCCUCUUUUGUGAAGAUCUCUGGCUAGACCAGGUCGCCUGUGCUACUCCCCCCCCGCCCCCUUCUCCAUCCCAUAAUCUCUCCCGCCCACAGCAUCGAUGUAAAGCACAUUUUUACUGCUUAUAACAGUCCCGACUUAUUUUUCCCCGCCCCCCCCGGGAAUCAUGGGAAUUCUGAAGGGGGUGCUCUAUUAGGUUGUUGUUUUUAUCUUUAUUAUGUAUUUUGUGAUUGUAUAUCUUCAUUUUAUUCUGUGAACCGCCCUGAGACCCCCGGGGUAUAGAGCGGUAUAUAAAUUAAAUAAACAAACUGUUUGCCCCUCACGCAGCUAUAACGCCAAACAACAUAUCUCAUACCUUCCAACAUUUCUGCAGUGAAAAUAAGGGGUGCCCUGUUAUUCCAUAGUAAUAAUUUUAUUAUUUAUACCCCUCCCAUCUUACUGAGUUGCCCCAGCCACUCUGGGAGGCUUCCAACAUAGACAAAAACAUGACAUUUAAAAAACUUCCCUAUACAGGGCUGCCUUUGGAUUUCUUCUAAAGGUUGUAGAGUUACUUAUUUCCUUGGCUCGCGGGUCACGUAACUCCGUAACCUCCAUUAUUUUUCUGAUGAAAAUAGUGACGUCCUAAGGAAAAGCGGGACAUUCUAGGAUGAAAUCAGAAACCAUUACGGCUUCUGUAAAUCUGGGACUGUCCCUGGAAAAUGGGGGCACUUGGAGGGUCUGAUAGCUCAGCUCAGCUGGUUAGAGCAUGGUUCUGAUAAUGCUAAGGUUGCAAUUUUGGUCUCCAUAUGAGCCAAAUGCAUAUUCCUGUAUUACAGGGAGUUGGACUAGACGAUCCUCAGUUUCCCUUCCAACUAUGCAAUUCUAUGAUUCUGUGAAACUGUUACCAUCUACAGCACCCAGGGUUCUGAACAUAACUCUUAAAAGAUCAUGUUAUUAUCCUGUCUCAAGGCUAUUUCUGCUCUGCAAGCCCAUUUUCCACUUCAGGAGCUAGACACACUGUUCAGGCACAAUAUCAGUCUCUCCAUACCCACAGUAGGGCAAAGGCACAAAUCUUGUAUUGUGAACUCUAGUCUUGAAUCAGAUUUCUCAAGUGCAGACAUAUGAGUGACUUAAAGAGCUCAUAAAAUAAAAAUAGCAUUUGCAUUUUCCCAAUUAAUCAUAUUCUGGUUUCCUAGCACUUGAGUAAGCUCAAGCUCCCCUUUUUGAAGCUUUUCAAGAAUUAGAUAAAAGCUUAGCUACAAAGCACCAAAUAAAUCCCAUAAUUACAGAAUUACAAGAUGUAAUGCUAGCAAGAAAUGAGACGUGAUUUCACAGCUACCUCUUCAGUGCUGACAGAGCAAAGACCAGCAUAAACUUGCCCCAAUCUAAAAAUGUGAGAAACCACAUACAGAAAACAUUUCUGGAUAUGCUUCACUUGUACAAAAGCAGUAAAACCUAUGUGUCCAGGAUCAAAAAUGUUUUAAGUUAUGCUUUUUAAAGCACCCCCCAGUAUAAUUUUAGCAUCCAUUCCAAUGCUUUAAUUGCUGAAAGAAUCCAUUUCCAAUUUUCUUACUCCUGUUUCAGCGUGUGAUUGGUGCCGACAACACAAACUACAUAUCCUGAAGGUUCACAUUCAGAGAGCCAUCAACACAACUAGUUAGUUUGUAAACUAAGGGCUGCUUUUAAAGAUGUGUAAAUAAAGUACAGGAAGAAUGGCAAGAUUUUACUAAAUACUCAGCUAUAGCACCGCCCCCACCUUUGCCUUUAUCUUCAUUGUAUCAUUUUUGUAUUACAAUUUCUAAAUGUGUUCUUUGUUGCUUUGCUGUAAGGUUUUUCUGGGGAAUCCUCACUCGUGCAGCUGCUCAAUAUUUGUGAAAGAAAAGGAUCUUUGUAAACAUAUCUGCUGGUAAAUUGAUUUGUAAAACGAAGUUACCUUAUACAAAUGAUGUUAUGAUAGAUUUGUUUUACACAAUUGCACAAGGACAAUUAUUUGGUUUUUAAAAAAUCAGGUAGCUAUUCUGACAGAACGAGACUGGGUGAAAGCAGAAAGGCCUCAAAAAAGGAGGGAAAGAGGGUUAUGAGAUGUAGCAAGGACCAAAAUGUUAACGAAGAGGAAGUAAUACAGAGGGAUGAGAAGUUGGAGAGGGAAAGGGAGUGUGAAAAAUCAUAGGUCUACUAUUCCAAGUUCACCUAAAUAGAUUUAUUGCAUUGAAAUCAGAGAAUUAAUGUUGAGUAAAAGACCUGUUGUGUAAGUCUUCAAAAUGUUCUGAAAUUUAGCCAAGACAUGCUUAUGGGAACCCAAAACAUACAUAUAUAUGGCAGUGUUGCUGUUAGGUCAGGUUGUGACCCACCAUGGGUUGCAAUCCAUCAGUCAAAGACCAGUGCUGCAGUGACUAUAAGAUACAAUGCUGCAGUGACUAUAAGUCAAGAGUUUGAAUUUUUUCUCUAUCAUAAACUCAUGAAAACCUUAGGCAAGACACUCACAUUCAGCCUCACCUCCACCAUCCCUGCAUCUGCAAUAAAGGGAUAAUACUCCAUUGUCUUAUAAUAUUUUUUGAAGUAUUAAAUGAUAUAUAAAAGAACUUCUGUAUUUCUGUGAGAAUUAUAAGACAAUGUGAAGUACUUUAAAUAUGUGAAAGCUCUAUACCAGGAAUGGGGAAGCUUUGGCCCUCCAGAUUCCAGCUCCUAUCAGUCCCAGCCAGUAUGGUCAAUGGUCAGGGAUGAUGGGAGUGAGUAGAACAGUAUCUGGAUAGCCAAAAGUUCCAUGUUCUUGCCUAUGUUGAUGUAAUUAUUUAGUAAACAUAUUAAUAUUUGAGAAUUAUUAAUUAAGAGGUAGAAAAAGAAGAGUAAAUGAUAGCAAACCACAAUUGUACAGAGGCCUGGUUUGCACAUCAUGGUAAGCCAAAUUAUGGCUUACUGGGGACUGCUAACCGUGAGCCUAGGUUCAGAUGACACACUCAUGCGUUGCAGGAGUAAAGAACUCCCUGGGGCCCUGGGUGUUCAAGGAGCCACAAAAUUUUCCAUGAAGGGACCAGGCACCCACAAAUUUAAGUGUCAGAGCCAUGCACGCUGCAUAGCACCCACGGCCCUGGGCACCCACGGUUGUGGAGCCAAGCUGGCAUUCCUGCCUUACUGCGAUGUGUAAACCAGGCUACUGUCAUAGUCAAAUUUGGUAAAGAUGGGCUGCAUCUUAAGGAUUAUACACUUUUAAAUUAAAAUUUGAUUAGGCAGCUUUUGUUACAGUGUCAAGUUACUGAAUAGCUGUGUCCUUUUUUGCUUUUUUAUUUUUAGGUUAUUGUUGAAAAAAUUCAAACUUCCCAGAGACCAUGAAUGUAAGUACUAACUAACUCCAUAUUUUUAUUCCCCUGUUGUAGAUCAGUACAUAAAGUGCUAAUAUUACAUUUUUCAUUACAUUAGUUCACUUUUUUGGUGGUCAGUUUAUGGCAGAAAUCACAGCAUGAAGCCUGAUCUUCUGAUUGACUCACCAUAUGCAUCACAAGCAAUAUUUCCAAAAUAACUUCAUUCCUUCAUUCAACCCCAUACCAAUUUUUUUCAUGUUCUUAGUGUGUGGGAAUCUGACUUUUAAUGAGAGACCAUUCAUUUUAUAUAAAAGAGUGAGUUACUACAUCAUUGACUACUUCUGAUUCACUUGGAAAACAACCAGAAUUAUAUUUUAUCAGACAUUUUCAUUGUUGAACUUUUCUACAGAUGCUCUACAGUUGGGUCUUGUGGAAAGAGAAAUUAACCAAGUGCUUCAGGGUCUACAAGUUGCUCCCCAACCAAAGGUAUCUGCUAAUUCCACCAAGGAGCUGCAAACAGCUGAUGAUGGGUACAUUAAACAAAAACAAAUUGAUGAUGAGGAUGUGUGCCCUAUUUGCCAGGACAAGCUGCUGAAGAGAAUGCUUCCUGUCACUUACUGCAGGUGAGUCACCCCUGCUAUUUAAGAAGGCUAAAUAAUUAUGUCACAGUAUCUUGGCUUAUUGCUUCAUAUACAGUAGAGUUUGUGGUUUUAAAGAAGCUCUGUUUAGUUAAACAUAUCAGCUUCAAAACACAGCCAGGCAGGUGGAGAGGAAGGGAAGGGAAACAAGGGUUGUGACAACCAACAAGAUCACCCCCUGCAGGAAGCAGACAUAAUUAUUUAACAUUAAAACAAACAGUAGAAGUGACUCAUUUUUUAAUCAGCAAUCGAUUUGUAAAUUUCCAUCUUUGUACUUGGAUUUCAAACAUUUAGCUCUUUUUUAAUUUAGCUGCACUAAGAACAUUUUUAAUAUUGUAAACUCAUCUGUCAAUAAAUGAACCAGAUUCCUCUCAAUCUUUGUGAUUGUCCUAUGUCAUUUCUUCCCUUCCAUGUAAGAUAAACUGGGUUUAAAAUAAACCACUUUAAAGCUUUUAUGAUGAUCAUAGAUAAGUUAGAACAUGUUACACAAUUUUGUCAGAGACAGCAGGGUAACAUUUCCUUGUUAAUAUGCUUAUGAAUCUAGACUACUGUAUAUUUGUAACAGCUUUCAUAGUUUCAUAGAAAUUUUUGUAUGUGACUUUUCUUGAGGAGGAUACAUAAUAUAAUUAAUUUUCUAUAGGUUUGGUUGUGGCAACAACAUACACAUAGUAUGUAUGAAGAUCUGGGCUGAUCAUCAGAUAGAGUUAGAGAAAGAUUCUUUGGUGAAGUGUCCCCUGUGUAGGGAAGAUUUUGCACCGUUGAAACUUAUAUUGGAAGAAUUCAGAAACAGCAAAAGACUCAUCACUGUAGCAGAGAAGCAGCAUCUUGACAGACAUCUUGGAAUCCCGUGCAAUAAUUGCAGGGUAUGUCCCGUUGAAGGCAAUUGCUACAAGUAAGCAUUUUCUAGUACAGUAUUCUAGUACAGUCCUACAUCCUUAUUUGUGAGCUUGUGGUACUUGUAACGCUUCCUCAGUCAGAAAUGAAAGAAAAUUUAUACAAACAGGCACACCCUUUGCGAUUAAUAUUUUGUAGGGAUAUAGCUGUUAUUUUUAUGAUUACUAACCCUUUGAUUUUCUACUAAAUUAUGUCAGUAGGUGUUUCUGCUCUACUAAAUGUAUUUGUUAUUUUCUGAAUUUAUAUACUACCAUUUUUGCCAAGGCAUCCAAGGCAGUUUACAAAGUUAAAAUACUAAAAUAAGUGCAUUAUAUAAAAUCUAAAAAGAUAGAGGCCACUCAGGCCAGCGGGGAGCUGAUGGUAAAGCUCCCUGGCUUGGGCUCCCUCGCUUUUUCCUUCCUUCAGAUCACAUAGAAAAUAUUUUUUGUUAGUAGUCUAAACACACUAAGGUAUAUAUUCCAAAGCAGACACAUUUAUACAUACUGCUAAGUCAUGGUUUGUUUAUCCUAAUUGUCGCUUGUUUGAAUAUUUGAGCCCACCUUGGUUGGGGGUGGGGCAACAAACCAUGAUUUGAAACCAUGUUUUGCUUUUGAAUCUUGGCUUGUUUUAAGCAUGGUGUAUUGUUACAUGUGAACUCAGGAUCCUGGCUUAUUCUUGUUUGUAAUGGUGCCCUACCCACUAAGAAGUGUGAAGCAAAAGCGACUGUAAAAAAGGCCCACGCACUAGGCUAAGCAACUUCUGGCACCUUUCCAGAAUAACCCUCUCCUCAUUCUGCUGAGCAACAGAUUCCUUUCCCUGCCCUAGCAUCUAGCUAUCAAUUUCAAACAAGUAAACCUAGCUUUACAGAAGAUGUAAAUUUAAAGAAUGCAUUGCUACUUUACUAACAGCUAUGCAGGACUCUGUGAAAAAAAAACAACUUAAAUUUUAGCUGGUUACCAUGAUUUUCUACCUACUUAAAGUAGCAAAACAAUAAUGUCCUUUUCUACUUGACAGUUCAAAAGUUUCCAUGGCAAAAUAAGCCAUGGUUUCUUUGCUUGUGUGUAAGACUGAUCAUGGCUUAUUCAACAAACCAUGGUUAAAACAAGCCAUAGUUUAGUGUUAUGUGCAUACAUGGCAAGUAAGACUUAUUUUCCAGUAAACAUGCAUAGGAUAGUGCUGUUAACAGAGGAAAAAAAUCUGUUUGUAUCAUAGUUCAUAGUUACUUGUAUGUAUCUUGGGUUAUAUUUCAAUGCAAUAAAACCUUACUCACAUUGGUAACUAUUCUUACAUGAGAGAUUUCUGUUUGAUUGCAGCUGCUUUCCCUCCAGUCUCUUAUAUAGUGGAAACUGACUUGAAUACAUAAUUAAAAACAUUUAUAUACAAGUAUUCAAAUAAAAAAAGGUAAUAGCCAUAUUCAAGAAAGGUUUUCUCCAAUAAAUCAAUAGUAGGAAACAUCGCAUUUAAAAAAUAUUAUGAAGAAAAGAAGACUGUUGUCCCCCUAGUGUCCAUUGAGGAGAAUGAUACCCUGAUUUGCUGCGUAUGUAAAUAAAGACAAGCUUCACUUUCUUCCAAAUGUUUCUGUUGCUAAGGUGGCCUAAUGUGCUACCUUAGACCGCUAUAUUUUGAAAUAGGAGUCUUUUUAGAGGUUUUAAUUCUGACAUUUCCAGGCAUUGUGGUACAGUAUAGGCCAGUAUUUCUUCACCUGACCUGCUCAACUCUUUAGGGAUAGGCAGUUUUUAUCAAAUGAAGCCUGACAUACGUGCUUUGAAAGGUUAGUUUUGAACACUAAAAUAAAAAGCAAGGGUUCUUUGGUUUUCAAAAAGACAUGUGUUCUCACAUUUUAUAGAUGAUUCAGAACCAUCAAAAUACUUCCAGCUAGCUUAAAUUAUUUUACUUUUUCACCUACAAAAGUAAAUGUAAUACGGGCUUGUAUGUAGCAUACAGCUUGGGUGUUAGCAGAGUGUUCCAUACAAAAGCGCUGAUAAAUUCAACAUCAAUCAGUUUUAUUUUAAGAUAUGCUUAUUUGUGAAAUAAGGAAGCUGCUGACAAUUUUGUUUGCCUUAUUGCUUCAAGGUGCACUGAGUGUAGUGAAUAUCACCUAUGCCAUGGAUGUUUUAGAAGAUUUUGUCAUCCUUCACAUAGCUUUGCUUUUCGUGAGGUACAGUACAACCUCUUUCAAAAUUAUCUUAAUUCAGGAAUUGAAUCAGCAAACAUUUUACAGGGAACUGGUAACUGUUUGUAUAUAAAUCAUCUCUGUGGAACAAAAAUGAGCAUUUAUGAAAGUCUUUUGACCCAAGAAAUUUUGACCCAAGGAUCAAAAUAAAGAGUAAGGAUGUAAUCCUAAAACAUUUACUAAGAUUAAGGGAAUAAGGAUAUGUUUAAAGUACUGCUAACUCUGCACCCGGUGUGCUCCCGCUACUAAUUUUUGAAGCCACAUUCACAUUAUGCUCGCUACAGUCUAUACUGAGCACGUAGUUUCUUGACAAAUACUGCUGUUUGAAGCUGGUUCAAUAAAAAAGGUUCAGUCUGAUUAGAAAACUGGAUGUAGAAUAAGCAGUAAUCCGAACAUACCCUAACAAAGGACCUUGCUGCAUUUCAAGCCGCUAAUGUGUCCAUAUACUUCACCUCAUUGAGCAUAGCAGGAUUUACUUGCAUGCAUAUGGAAUUGUGCAAGUGUGAUUUGACUCUCAAUUGCUUUUCUAUCCUAUCCAAUAUUGCUGGGGGAAUCUAACCCUUCAGCUAUUGUUGGACUACAGCUCCCAUCAUCUCUGAUCAUUGACCAUGCUGGGUGUGAGUUACAGUCCAACAACAUCUGGAGGGCCACAGGUUCACCAAGCCUACUAUAUUUUUCCUUUGAAUAAAGUCUUUGACUAUGUGCUGCUGUGAUGCACAAUCUAAUUUCAAUGAAUUUCUUGUAGGAUAUCUGUUGGAAAAAACUGUGCUUCCAUAGUCCUUAAGACUGAAGAUGUAUGUGUGCCAUUUUUCUGCUGUCAGUGACUUUGAAGUAAUGAAUUACUACUUAGCUUUCAUUAGCUCUUUACCCAUUCUCUAGAAAAGGAAUCAGAGAUGGAGGUCAGUUGAACCAGUAACACAACUAUCAACUUCAGAAAAUCUGCAGAGUUUUAAUCCAGAGAACUCUAAAGAGGAAAAACACAGGGAUAAGUAAGAUGUAACUCAUUUUAAUCAUUUUAAAUUAAAAUAAAUGAAACUUAAGCAGCUGGCAAGGACCAUGGCCAAUCUAAGCUGUUACUGCUUAGAAGGUGUCUGUCUGUUGGGAGAGGGCUCAGCCAGUACUGGCAGGAUGUGGUGACAGUGGCGGUAGUUACUCUACAGGCAAAAGGCUGUGCCCUCCUGCAGUAAAGAACAUGAGCUGCCAAAGUGGAAAAGCUUGGACAGCUUUUUAGGGCCCUGGCUAGACUGGAAAGUGGCGGUCCUGGCGAGUUUUGGCUUUAUGCAGUUCUGUGUAUGUGCACUCUUCAAGUUACAAUAUUGAUUUUGUUUCGCUUAAUUUCUAAGACUUAGUGUAAUUAAAGAUAAAUGCUUGGGUGUUGUUGUUUUUUGGUACAGCUGCAUACCAGAGGGUAUAAUAAACUCAUUACCUACUGUGCUGGUUGGAAAAUGCAGCAGUUUACUUGAUCCCGGCUUGCAAUGUAGACUCUGCUUGAAGAUCUUUCACCUUGGCCAAAUGACAAGAUUCUUGCCAUGUAAUCACAAGGUAAAUAAAAGAUACAACUGCCCAGCUCCCCCCCAAAAAAACCCCCUCUUAUUGUCAUAUGCCACCCAAUGUUACUUCAGAUACAAUGCUUUUAAGCAGAGACCAUUCACACAUUCAGGCAUUCACACACACCUACCUGUAAUGCAGGAGGUUGAAUUAGAUGACCCUCAGGGUCCCUUCCAACUCUACAAUUCUAGGUGUGAGUCAAGAAGUGUUUACUAAGGUUGUGAAACAAGCUAAAGACUUGGUGGAUACUUCAUGUUUGGGUGCCAAAUUCAGUCCUUCUGUCCAGUCCUUGACACAUUCCUUAGCCAAUGUUCCUCACUAUUCCUGCGUUCCACCUCCCUUCCACCUCCUGUCCUUGAACUGUGAUAAUGUCUCCUGCUUGUUGGAAUGGAGUAUGUGUGUAUGUGCAGAUACGUCUGACGUUUGCAUGGCUGGAAUAUAGCCUGCUGCACAAAGGGAAGAAUCAUUUCACUUGCUCCACCCACUUUUCCUGCUGGCCCUGCCCACACUGGCAUGCAGUUCCUGGAAAGUUGCUUAUGAGGGGCUGUGGCUCUCAUGCUAAAAAGGUUUUCUCAAAUAGAACUAAAGACCAGCAGCUGUCAUACCAUAGCCAUUUCUCCUGUUUUUAGGAACCAAGCUUUCCCCAUUGGUAUAUAAUUUGCUAAUUGGAGUGUUAGAGCAGGCUACAUUAUUGUUCUACUAUUUGUUGUGUUUUUUAAGAUUAGAAACAUGAUGCAGUAAUAGAAACUUGUUUCAGCACAUAAUAUGGUUCUAGUUCUCUCACACACAACUCAGCACUACAGCACAUGCAUGACAUGCAAAUAUGUUUAUGGGUUCUUCACUGGCAUCUCCACUUAAAGGAUCUCAGGUAUUGAGGCUGGGAUAGAUCAGUGGCUGAGGCUUUGGUGACCUGCUGCCAGAGUAUGCAAUGCUGAGUAAAUGAAUCAGUCUUCAGACUCAGUAUAAGUCAGCUUGAGAUGUCCAAUUUUUAAACUAGUGUAGCUUAUUGCUGUCCAGUUUUUAACCAAAUCUUUUAUUUGUAUUAUAUUUUAUACCAAUUUAUAUGACCCGCUUCAAUAAACAGUUGCACUGGGCAGCAUUCAACUAAACAGUUCUGCUAGUGCAAUGACCUCCCUGCACAGUGUAACUUCCCUACUCUGUCCUCUACCUGUACACCUUCUGAAUUUGCUCUAGUGGAUCGGAGAAACCGCCAUAGCAGAUUUUGCAGGGUACAUGGGGGUAUGUGGGGAUAGGAGAGGGUGGGGAAGCUAUAUUAUGCAGCUGAAAGUCAUUGUGCUAGCGUGACUUAGUUCGAAACCAUCCAUUGCUAUGUUUAUAAUAAAUAUGCUCUAUAGAUUUCUUGAAAGAAUGGAAAAUAGAGUAACUGGAGAGCACUAGCCUGUAACUGAAGAGAUGUUAGCAAUGGAUUUCAGAGAGCAUUGGUUCAGUCAUGGAAUUUGUCUCAGUGAAGCGCACCAUGGCUAUUUUAUUGAUUUACAACAGUUUAUACCAUUUGAGCAAAUGCAUUUCCCACAGUAUAUUAGUGUGCUUGGCCUGAUGCUCCCAAGAUAAGUAGGUUUGGAUCAGUAUUAUUGUAAUGAAACCUUUUAAGUUGCUUCCGAUUUUCUCUAAAAUGGAAGGAGAAUCUGACCUCUUUGCAAAUAAUUUGUUGAUGCUAAAUACCCUUUUGUCAAUGAAGAGUAUUUUGGUGGAUAAUUACUGAUAUAUAAUAUAUUAUGUGUUUGUUUUUUUAGUUCCAUAGGAAAUGCAUUGACAAUUGGUUGCACAAAGAAAAUGCCUGCCCUAUUGACGGACACAUUGUGUAUAAUCCAUUAACCUGGGAGAAUGUACGAAGCAAAGGCGAAGUAACCCCAAUUAUGUCUCAAGCAAAGAAUAAGUUUACAAAGCAGGAUGAGCAGGAGCUUUUUAUACCAGGGACAGGAUUGCUUGUCAAGCAAAUGAAACCUGGCCACAUUCUUGAGAAGUCUCAAAGUCAUAUUCAAGUGCGUUGUAAGAAGAAAAAUAAUUCAGAAUGUGAAGAGAGUCUAACACGGAAUGGCGUCAACUAUACUUGUACAAGAAGCUCUGCUUCUAGCCAGCACAGUACUCAGACAAUCAGAAAUUUGAAGUUUUCUAGAUAUGCUAAGGGUUUGUCUCUUAUUCCAAAUCCUCAUGCUGAUGUGUUUACACAGGAGGCAAUUGGCACUGCCUUGAGAGGUUUAUCUGUAACUCGAAAUGCCUUUUAAAUUUCCAUUCUGUGCACAUUUACUUGGGAGUAAGCCCCAUUGAACUCAGUAGGACUUACUUCUGAGUAAAUGUUUAUAGAAUCAGGAUGCAAGUUUAAUAUAUUUCAAAAGAACUAUUUGAAUUUAUUAUAUUCUUUUUCGCUCCUAUCUCAUAUUAGGAGGAAUCUGUGCGAAAUAGCCAACUUGGCUUAACUCAGUACUUAAUCUUACAGCAAAUUAUGUCUGGCAACAUUACGCCUGCACAAGUCAUAUACAUACAUAUUGUUUUCGUUAAACAUGAUGAGAAAAAAAUCUGUUAGUGUAUAAAGCAGUAAGACAUAAAUUUGCCAUUUAAAUUUUGACAUUAAUACACAAUAUUUUCAUUUGAUCCUGCAUAUCAAAAAUUAGAGAGGAAGUCAUGUGCACAAAUGACUGCUGUGCAUGUUUUCCCUCCUGAUUUAGCAGCUGGAACUGCAGGUAUGUGCCAUUUUAAAAAGUUUUGAAACAUCAUAUAGCGGCUGCUCAUGUGGGCAAAACAAAGGGUUGAGGUUUUUCCCUACCUCAGGUUUUUACUUUUAAAAAGUUUACAUAUGCGCUGUGUUGAAUUGGAGCCACUACUUCUACAGCACUUCGUUUUACGUAAGUACUCAGAAACAUGUAUAGUGGAUGAAUGAACUCAGAACUACACCAUGUAGAACCAGGAAGUUUCAAGCAAAGGUUCAGCGCAUAUCAUAAGGAGCCUGAAAUUGCAAGAAAAUAGGUAUUAAUGAAGAAUUCCUUAAUUUUGAUCCCCUUGCCUUGGUUUGUCAGGUGAGAUUGUUUUGCAAAAUUUGUGAGUAGCUGCUGGAUAACAUUCCUAGGAAUGGAAGCCAAGCUUAGCAUAUCUGCUGCUUUAUUAAUUUAUAUCUGUUUUUAUUAAUACAGCUCAUUUAUUGGGUAAUGCUUAUUUCAAGCAAGUAUACACAGAACCUAAUGUGCAUCCUUAAAAUCAGUUGAUUAAAAACAUGAAUUUUCAUUGGUCACAGAAGUGGAAAAAUGAAUUAAAAUAUUAUCUUCCACAAUGAAAGAACACCCAGCUUUAUUUUGUAACAUCAAGAAAAAAAUUAUUAACUAACAUGUCUCAAUGCAUCUUUUGGUUUUCAUUAAAAAAAUAUAUAUAUACCAUAAGGUUCCAGUUCUGUGUACAGCUACUUCAGAGCAAGCGCCACUGACUUCUGUAUAAGCAUGUUACUUACUUCUGCAUAAGCAUGUUUUUUUUUUGGAGGGGGGAUAGCUUUACAUGAGCAAUUAGCUUUUUCAUGAGAAGAGUGCAUUGCUAGUGAAAUAACAGUGAUGCAUUAUCAUGCGAGUCCAGGAAUAGUUUUUUAAAGGACCAAGAAUCACAAAGGCUAUAUUUGCAAGUUUUUAAAGUAUUUUUAUUAUAUUGCAUGAACUCUUUUAACAUCUUAUAAAUUUUAAGAUACACUGUAGCAAUAGAUCAUUAGUACCAUAGCAGUUACACAAACAUGAUAUGCCACCCCUGACAGAAUAGAAAAAUGGAGAUUUUUUUUUAAAAAAUGAUUGAGCUACAGAAGGUCAUGAAAUUGAAAUGAGAAUUAAAUAGCAUUCUAACUGUGUCUCAAAGAAUUAACAAGUGGCAGUGGACUGCUUGUUCUCAGUAUUUACAGCUUAUAAGUGAUGACCAGUAUUGGCUUGGGAACACUCAGGCUGGAACUAGUCUUCUGAGAUGCUGUGUGGCUCAAUGCUGAAAACAGCUCUGCAUGUUGAGUCCUUCUUUCCUCCCAUGUUACAUCCACUAAAUGGUAGUUCAUGCAGUUGCUGAGAGUGGAGGAAACAAUACAAGGCAGUUACUUUUGAAGAGCAUCAGCUGAAAAAGGGCACUUGCUCUUAUUGGUGAGGCAGAAAAAGCAAGGACAGCUGGGGCUACAGUAGGCAGGAUCAGUACUCCUGUAUCAAGGACUCCUUUCAGUGGCAGCCACACAACUCUCAUGUCUGGUUUCAGACUCUGUUCCCAAUAAUUGUAGCUCACAGAACUGGGUUCCUGAUUCAAUUCAUGCUCUUAGGAAACCAUCUUAUGUACACUUACCCAAGUGUAAGUUUUCUUGAACUAAAUAGGACUUACUACUGAGGAACCAUGUGUAGGACUGCAGUCUUGGCAUACAAAGAACAGAAAAACUUUCCAACAGAACAGCUUAUAUGUAAAAAUACUCAUUUUUUACAAAGACACCGCAUUUGUUGAAGUACAAUAAACUGUUGUGCUUUAAAGUAGAAGAACAGUGUAUUAGCAAGUGGAAAAUGUACAAAUAUUUGACAAGUCUUUUAUUAUCUGCAAAGUUACUUUAAAUUUCAGUUGGUAAAACGAAUUGAUAUAAAAUUUCAAAAAUGCUAAGAAUUAUCAGAAUUGCUUCAGAAAUCUUGAUUAUGAAAUGCUUUAUUUGAAAGGGGUGGGAUGGCUUCAGAUGCUUACCAGCAAUAAUGCUUUUAAUGUUUUUCA